AUGUUUAGAUGGAAUUCAUAUUAUGAUGCUAUCAAAUGCAUUGUUGAAAAUAUUGAUAAAAUGGAAAAUGUGUGUAAUGAUUUACAACUGCCUACCAUUUCAGGACCUCGGGAAGUCUCAUUUUUACUAGAAUACUGCAAUGUCAUGAAACCUAUAUCUAGAGCAUUAGAUAUACUUCAGGGUGAUAAAAAUGUAUCUUUAGGAUAUUUGCUCCCUACUAUAAAUGCAGUACAUAAAUCCUUAAACGAUAUGAAAAAUAUAGUUUUCUGUAGACCAUUAGUUAUUGCACUUAAAAGAGGAUUAAAUAAAAGAUUCGCAAGAUAUAUGGAGUCAAAGACAUGCCAAGUGGCUUCCUGUAUGGUACCAAAAUUUAAACUUAAUUGGGCUGUAGAAGAUGAUCGAAACAACAUAAAAAAUACACUUAUGGAAACCAUACUUGAUAACGCAUUGACAAAUUCCCAAGAGAAUCUUCAAUUAACACCUAACCCCACAUCUAUAGAACACCAUAAUUGUGACAUUGAGGAUGAUUUCUUUAAUUUUGAGGAAAAUAAUGUUUCAGAUUCAAACAAUGAUUUUAAACUUCUUGUUGAAAAUUAUUUGUCUAAUAAAAACAUUAAAUCUCCUUUAGAUUUACCAAAUCCUCUUAAAGACGUAUAUAUAAAAUACAAUACUGCUGUCCCUUCAUCUGCACACGUUGAGCGGCUCUUUAGUGCUGGAGGACAGUUGUUCAACAAAAGAAGAGGUUCAAUGGCAGAUCAAAAUUUUGAAAUGACUCUGUUAUUGAAAUUUAAUAAAUACUUUGAAUAG